ACGCCCUCGCUGUCAACCCAUGUGAGAGUCACGGACUUGAAAGUACUCCCGAAUGCCCAACAACGCCACCACCGGUGAUGGUGCAUGAAGUGCCCAUGAUAUAAUCCUCAGAGCUUCAUAAUCAAGACGUACAACACGCAGUGAAAACACGCCGGACGACUGGCGUGUAGUUUUACGAUCGUAUUAUUUGCACAAGGUAUCAGCAGAGUGUCCUUCACCAGUUAUAUUACAUUAUUUACCCGGAGUGUAUAGUAUACCUUGUGUGCCAUCUUUUGGCUCACCCCCAGGGUUCGGAUGAUACAGAAUUUCUAGUGGGCCUGAGCCCUGGUAAUUCAGCCAACAUUGUAAUUCCUUAGAAGGCCUGUCCGACCGGGCUGGUCUUAGUGCAGAUCCGUGCCGUCACCUGUCCGAUUAACCGACCAUGGCGUCCAUAACGACGGCGUGGCUGCGGGUCAUCGCUUCGCUAACUCUUCUCGGAAUUGUAUGCGCAAACGAUUCAAAGGUAAACUCCAUCUCCCCCAAUGCUGGCAGCACGGCAGGAGGAACCCGUCUCACCAUAACCGGAACAGGGUUCAGCCCGGAUCCGUUCAGCUUCGGAGAUGGCAACGAGAAUAAGGGCAACCUGGUGUAUCUGCAGAACUCCUUCUUCUCCGUUGCCUGUGACGUCCUUGCUUACUACAGCAACAAGGAGAAAAUCGUUUGCGACACCAGGUCGUUGAAGGAAGAGGGGACGUUCUCGGUGUUCGUCAUUGUCGACGGGGUACAAGUGACCCGGUAUUGCAACAAGGAUUCGUGGUGUGAAUUUAAAUACCGAGACGACAACACGCCUGACAUUUCCUCGGUCACUCCAGGGAGCGGAGUUCCAGGCACACGAGUCGCCAUUCGUGGACGGAUCGUCACCGACGUCUACGACCCUUCUAAAGCCUUGGAGGAUGAAGACGACAAUUACGAAGGCAAAAGCCAGAUUCUCAGGAUCUACUGGGGUAAUUAUUUCUGUGAUCCCAUUGAUCCUGAAACAGAAGAAUUCUAUAACAUUGCUCUGGAUAGUACAGACUCGGAGUACGGAGUCAUCGAGUGUGUGCCAAAGGGAACAUUUAUUGCCUCACAAACUGUCAACUACCUCAUUUCUGAUCAAUACGGUCGUAGCGCGACCGAUAAAGGCAUCCUCAAAGUUAGUGGUCAGAAUGAAGUCUACCUCUUCCAAGCACAUGCCGAUGUACUGGAUGUCAGCCCUAAGCAAGGCAGCACGCAAGGUGGCACAGUACUGACCAUCACUGGGCGUUACUUUGAUGAACGGGACACUGUCGUGCUAGUUGGAGGUGUUCCUUGUGAGAUUUUCAACAUAAGCACUACAGAGAUCCUGUGCGUGACGGGAGCAGCCCCUCCAGCGCAGAGUGCCUACCCUGGUGGCAGGGGCAUGAAAUAUGAAGUCUGGACAGACACAGCUGUCGGUCUGGAUAAUGCCGUCUGGAAUACUAGCGCCGCAGACUACAAUUCUACUCAUGUCAUGGAGGCCAGCUCCACGCCAGAGAACGUCCUGGGCGAGGAAGAUAAUUUCAUCUCACGACUCGUCGGUUACUUUGUGCCACCUCGCAACGGGGAAUAUCAGUUCUUCGUACGAGGGGACGAUGUUGGGUCCCUGUGGCUAAGUACAGAUGGAUCUACAGAUAAUCUGACUGAGAUUGCUUAUAUGACUAGUUUUCAAGCAAACUGGCAUGCGAAAGAUAGCCAGGCUUCCGAGAAGAUUAAUCUCACUGGUGGUCAGAGCUACUACAUGGAGGCUCGUCACCGGGAGUACGGGGGUGACGAUUUCAUUCAGGUGGGCUUUGCCGCCUUUGACUCGCCCCUGAAUACCUUCAACACAUCGACCGCAACCAAUGAGAUCCAGGAUAUCACGACCACGUCCACUGUCCAUGAAGAGCUGCAGACUCUAACGAUUGAGGGAGGUUCUUACGAAACUCAGGAAGUUUAUGUUGAGCUGCCGUCGUGCCCAACCACCGUGGCAUUCAGCAAUGAGAGCGGUCAGUGUGACUUGUCUGGAGUCUACAGGUUGCAGUUUGAUGGCCAAACUACAGGUGACAUCAAUGUGACUGCAUCUGCUGCAGAAGUCGAGGCAGCAUUGAACCUCAUCCUGGACCCUGACACAGUUGGUGUAAAGAGGUCCAGCGAUGGCUACACAAAUACCUACACCGUUGAGUUCCACAUUGCCCAAGAAGGAAUUGCGUUAAUGACUGUGGAUCAGGAUGACCCCAACCUGGUUGUCAUGGUAACUCGGGUCAAGUCCUAUGUUCCCGUUGAGUUGAGUGAGUUUGCCCUCCUGUACGAUGGGAUAACCUCGGUGCCACUGUCUUCAAGCUCAACGGCUGAAGAGGUUCAAAACGCCCUCUUGGAGAUGUUCAGCGUCAAGUGUUCCACGUCCGGAAAGAUCCGGGGUUACUACGUGCAGGACUUUGAAGGGGAUUCCUUGGGCUGGAUCAAUGGGGAGGUCAUCAAUAACCAGGAGCCGUAUUGCGGCCGCUAUUUGGUCAAGAACCCAUACCACAUCUUCUAUGCCGGCAGGACUGUGGUACCCGGCAGCAGUCAAACGGUUGAGUCCUUCGAUGUCAGGCAGCAUGAUCAGCUGUGUUUUGGUCACCGAGGAGGCAUACAGAACUAUAUCCAGGUGCUCAUCCACUGGAUAGACCAGGAGUUCAACGAUCGUAAAAAUUGGCAAUCCCUCACUGACAGCAAUCUGCAAUCCUCAGAGAGCUGGACAUACACCUGUCUGGAUAUUGGCACCUUGGUUCAGUCUUCCUGGGUCUACGGCCAACAUUUGAGUGGAACUGCCCUGAGGUUCGAGCGCAUUAGAGUGCGCGCGGUGGAGGGACAAGAUUUGUUCCUCGACAAUCUGUACAUCGGAAGCAGCAUCCCACAAUAUGUGCGUGAGCAGCGCGCUGCCAGCCCUAACGGUGUAUUUGUGUUGGACGCGUCCGUCACCAAGACUCACUUCAGCUUCGACAUCACCCUGACGCCGUCCAACUGCGGCUACGACUUCCCGCUGCUGGAAAUCAAGGACGCCAACGUCACCGCCAACGGCAGUGAGGUGGCGUGGUACUGGACGGAGACCUGGCCUGCAGACACCAUGAUCUCUGUCCAGCGGCAGGUGGCGGCUACACCGCCCAUUGGCGGGACGUUCGAGAUUGAGUUGUACGGCGUGAAUUUCAAACUUCCAGCCCUGGCCACGGCCGACCAGCUGAAGGAGGCCCUCCAAGCCAACCUGGACAUCGGCUCCUUGGAAGUCUUCAGAGAAGGCAGCUGCUCGGGUUACUCCUGGGAGGUGGAAUGGUUGUCCAAGGGAGGCAGCCAACCCCUUAUGAAGGUGAAUGGUAGCGAACUGACAGGUGUGGAGGUUAGCGUCGGUGCUCACCGGGUGGAGGAGGGACACGUGUUCUUUGGUCCCAUCCCUGGCGAGUUCCUGAGAGUUGCUCAUCCCGAACCACAGGUGGAGGUCAUUGUGAAUACGAUCCCGUCCAGCUGCUCUGAAGGCCAGUGCUCCUUCCAGUACAGCGACGACGUCACGCCGAAAAUCAUGAGCUCAACUCCAGCAAACGGCUCCGCCUACCACAGCACUGUCCUGACUCUGAGCGGUUCCGGGUUCAGCACCAACGCCGGUGAGAACAACGUCACCAUCGGCGGUGUCAUCUGUGACGUCACCUCCUUCAACGAGACAUCGGUGUCCUGCUCUGUCGGGCAGGCAGCAGCCGGCCUGUACAACGUCAGCCUGAAGGUGGAUGGCCGCGGUGACUCUGAUUAUCCAAAUGGACCAAUCACGUUCAAGUAUGAACUAGGAGUAACCAAUAUCACCCCAACAGCUGGUAGCACCGCAGGCGGUACCAGGGUAACCAUUGCAGGAUACGGCUUCAGUGAGGAAUUGGAAAACACUGCUGUAUUGUUUGGUUCGCAGACCUGCGUAAUCGACACGAUCGCUUAUGACGAGAUCCAGUGUGUCAUUGCCAUGGACACUCAGGAGUCCAGACGUAAGCGUCGCUCUACUCUGGAGGUGGACCUGAUCAUCGUGGUGAACAGCCAGACUUUCACCGAGCAGGAUAUCUUCACCUUUGAUUCAUCCCUGACCCCAACAAUCGUUGGGAUCAGUCCCAAUGUGUCUAGUGUGCAAGGAGGGGGUGUUCUUGUCAUCUCUGGCAGCGGCUUUGGAAGCAGCGGCGCCUCAGUAGCGAUCGACGAGGUGGACUGUGCAAUCAUUAGCCAGGCGGACACUGAGAUCAGCUGCACAAUCCCUGAACACGCACCGGGAACCUUCCAGGUCAUCCUGGAGGUAUCUGGCCAAGGGUUUGCCGAAGCCAACGGCAUGAAAUUCAAGUAUGAGCUAGAUGUAACGGGGAUGUUCCCCGACCGCGGUUCUGUUCAAGGCGACACCGUGGUGACUAUCACCGGUGUGGGCUUUGGCAGUAACGCCAGCGACGUCUCGGUCAGUAUGGGCGGCGUAGAGUGCGCGGUGGACUCGGUGGCCAACGACAGUAUCCAGUGUGUGACGACCACUUCAGAGACCACUCAUUAUGUGGACAACUCCGGCAAGCACCAGUUGUACGGUGUGGGCUACAAGUGGGACCCCCAGGUUCUGUACAUCACGGCCGGUGACGUCGUGGUGUGGCAGUGGGCCGUGCAGCAGCAGGUGACGGGUAUCGGAUACGCCAUCAUGCAGACGGCCGAUGCUGAUGCUGUCAUGUACGAUGGACAGGGAUUCUACAGUGGUGCCCGGUCCUCAAACGGUGCUUUUGCUUAUAAGUUCUCCACCCCCGGCACAUACUUCUACUCCAGCGGUCCGGUGGAUGAAGACGGGACGCUGUUCAUGAAGGGAACGGUCAAAGUCAACGAGCCUACCGCUACGUCAAACAAACUGUUGGUUACAGUAGCCGGGUACGACGCCCUGCACGACACUGAUUCAGGUGUGACCGAACCAGUUAGUUCAGACAGUUGUCCGGGAAGUGACACGGCUAUCCCAUCAUGCACCGUGCCCCCUGCAGAGCAACCAGACGAUUCCAGUUUCUACUAUUCCUACUGGGCUUGCAGCACGCCCAUUGUUGAUGACUUCAGUCCAAAAGUGGGCACCCCAGACCAGAUCAUCAACAUCACUGGAGUGGGCUUCAGCAACACACUGUGCGAGAAUGAGAUCUCAUUUGGUGGCUACUCCUGCGUUCCCCAGUCAGCCUCCAAUGUCUCCUUGACCUGCCUAGUGGACACAGCAAGCAGCAUGCCGGUUGGUGAGCCUCUUGCCAUCUCACUGGUUGUCAAGAACCUGGGCUUGGCGCUGAUCCAAGUCCCGACACCAGCCGACCUCGGAUUCACCCUCAAGCCACAGAUUGACGCGCUCUCCGUGCAGAGUGGGGCGAUUACGGGCGGCACAGAGAUCGUCAUUUCUGGAGACGGUUUUUCAUCUGGCGACAUAGCGGUGUGGAUCGGGAACAGCGGUUGCGUGGUCCAAACGGUUGCCUACACGCAGGUGGUGUGCGUGACGACCGCCGGCAAUGCGGGCAGCGCCGAGUUGCAGCUUGAGAUUAACUCCCAGUGGGCUAGCUGCAACGGCGACUGCAGCUUUGAGUUCUCCGAGGCCAUGACGCCCCUCGUUGACGCCAUCUCCCCGACCACCGUCUCCGGUGCCAGCACCUCCAUCCAGAUCUUUGGCUACGGAUUCAUCAACGAAACAUCGGACAUCACCGUCACGAUUGGCGGGGUCGCGUGUGUCGUCACUGCAGCCCACGAUGAAGAGAUUGAAUGCGAUGUCGGGUACGUGCCCGUCGGCGACCAAGAAAUGGUCGUCAACAUCGCCGGCAAAGGUGAUGCGUUCUUCAACACCAGCAACAUCAUCAACAGUGCCAUGGUCAUCGAUAGCAUCAGUCCCACUUCCGGAAGCACCGAAGGUGGCCAGACCGUCACAAUCCUCGGCAGCGGUUUCGUGGACGGGAGCACCACAGUUGACAUCGACGGCGCAAACUGUGCCGUUCAGAGUGUGUCUCUCUAUGAGAUCACCUGCGUGACCUCUGCCCAUGCGGCAGGUAUUGUUGACCUCGUGGUGACCUCACAGGGUGAAGCCUAUCCUGCCGUCAAUUACGAAUACUCGGCUUCUGAAACGCCAACGAUUAGUUCAGUCUCUCCUGGCUCAGGUGUUACUGGCAACAGCAUCACAAUCAGCGGCUCCAGUUUCAGCACCACCACGUCCGACGUUAGCGUCUUCAUUGACGGCGUGCUCUGCACUGUCAGCAGCGCGGCCGUUGAUUCUAUCAGCUGCACCCUGGGACCCCACUCAGCCGGUACAUACACCGUGGUGGUUAACAUCGAGGGCAAGGGCCUGUCGGGAAGCGACACCAUGUUUGAGUACGAGCUGACUGUGUCGUCCGUAAGCCCUAUAGAAGGGAGUUUUGGUGGUGGUCGUAUCCUGUCCAUCGACGGCGCUGGUUUUGAUGAGACAGCCGUUGUCAUGGUGUGCAACAAUUCCUGUCCACUCGGCAACUCCACGUCCUCCUUGAUCGAGUGCGAGGUCCCUGCCAAUUCAGGUAGCGGCGAAGUCGUUUGCGACGUCACAGUCACCCUGGACAGUGGGGCCACUUUUACCGAAUCAGAUGCCUUCACCUACAAGACUAGCCUGACGCCGGUCAUAGACUCUGUGGAGCCACGGCGUGGGGGCACAGCAGGUGGAACGACCCUCAACAUCACUGGAUCUGGAUUCGAGUCAUCUGGUAACGUUGUAACAAUCGGAGGGUCAGCCUGCACCGUCCAAUCAGAAUCCACCACCGAGAUCAUCUGUGAGACCGGGGCUCACAGCCCGCCGGAGAUGACCAAAGUCCGAGUUGAGGUCGGAAGCAACGGUAUCGCGACCCAGGACAAUGCCGAUUUCUACUACAUUGAUGUGUGGUCCUCUCGCUACACCUGGGGUAACCAAGACCCGCCAAUAGCGGGCGACUUUGUCAUCGUCCCGGCCGGCCAAACCCUGCUCCUAGAUGUCACCACCCCCAUCCUGAAGAUGCUUCUCAUCCAAGGUGGUCAGGUCAUCUUCGAUGAGGCCGACAUUGAGCUCCACGCCGAGAACAUCCUGAUCGUCGACGGCGGCCUUUUGCAGGUGGGCACAGAGGAAGAACCCUUCCAGCAUGAAGCCACCAUCAUGAUGCACGGCCACGUCCGCUCCCAAGAACUGCCGCUGUUUGGCGCUAAGACCCUGGCUGUCCGGAAUGGGACCCUGGACCUGCACGGCAAGCCGGUACCCAUCACAUGGACACGUCUGGCCCAGACAUCGGCUGCAGGAGCUACCCGGAUGGUCCUGGAGCAGUCAGUCACCUGGAAGGCCGGGGAUCAGAUCGUCAUCGCGUCCACGGGGCAUCGGCACAGCCAAAUCCAGAACGAGUUCCUCACAAUAACAGCUGUUUCCGUGGACGGAACCGUCUUGGACUUUGAGCCCGCACUGGAGUACGAACACUACGGCUUCACCCAAGUCGUUGAGGGCGUUGUGCUGGAAAUGCGCGCCGAGGUCGGGAUGUUGACCCGAAACGUCAAAUUCAGGGGAUCAGUCCAAGAUGAAUGGACGGAGACCAUCGAGGCCUGCCCACAUGAGUUUGACACAAAUCAAUUUGCUACUCAGACCUGCUUCCUGGGCCGUUUUGGUGAGGAAACGGGAAGCGACCAGUUUGGCGCCCAGAUGAUGCUGUUUGCCAGGUACCAGGAUGAACAACUGGUCACCGGUCGCAUUGAGUAUGUGGAGGUCACCCAUGCAGGUCAAGCUUUCCGCCUUGGCCGCUACCCGAUCCACUUCCAUCUCAACGGCGACGUGUCGGGAUCCUACGUGCGCGGUUGCGGCAUCCACCACACCUUCAAUCGCGCGGUCACCAUCCACGCUGUACAUAAUCUCCUUGUGGAGCACAACGUGGCCUACAACAUCAUGGGCCAUGCCUACUUCUUGGAGGAUGGCAUUGAGACAGGCAACAUCAUCCAGUACAACCUGGGUGUCUUCGUCCGUUCCAGCAGCAGCUUGCUGAACGUAGACAUCACUCCGGCCACCUACUGGGUCACCAACCCUGACAACAUCAUCAGGCACAAUGCGGCAGCCGGAGGCUCACAUUUCGGCUUCUGGUACAACAUGCCCACCCACCCUGCCGGUCCGUCGUUCACUUCGUCCAUCUGUCCCCGCAACGUCCCACUGGGAGAGUUCCGGAACAACUCGGCUCACGCAUUUGGCUGGUACGGCAUCUGGAUCUUCCCGACCUACCACCCUAAAGUGGGCGGGGGCUGCAAUGCCUGGGAGGAUGAACCGGCCAAGUACUACAGCCUGUACGCCUGGGAGGUAGAGCGUGGCGCAGAAGCAGUUCAAGUCGGUGCCAUCCAGUUCCACGACUUCGUGAUCUCGGAUGCGGACAAGGCUGGAGUGGAGUACCAGACUAUCAGUGCCCCUUGGGGUGACUCCCUAGUGAAGGACCUGACAGUGAUAGCGUACAGCAACAUAUCCGAGGCCAACAAAGCCAGUGAGUGUACGCAGGCAGGCAUCCACGCCCCUAAAGGGGACGGCCUGACCGUAGAUGGCACCAAAUUCAUCAACUUUGACCAGUCCCGCUGCGCUGCCUUCCGAGCCUGUGCCCACUGCAAGGUGGACCAGGGGGGCUUCUCGUUCCGCACCCAGGGGCUGGAGUUUGUUAACUCUCCAAACAAAGUGGCCUUCCAGUGGCAGCAUGAGUGUUGGAUCGAUGACUUGGAUGGGACUUUCAGCGGAACAGCAAAUUACAUAGUCCUCCCGAAAAACCCCAACCUUCCCCCUGACCACUGCAGCCAGGAAGCCACCUACAGUCUUGGCUUUCCAGGCUCUCACUGCGACACAACGAUCCGUCUCCAUCGAUUCUCCUUCAACAACCCUCUGCCUUCCUCUCUGCUGUACAAGAACACCCUGUUCACCAACGAGCAUGGCACUAGCAGCAUCCCCUACCACAAGAAGCGUCUCACACACCCCAUGGGAUGGAUGAUCACCCUUAUCGAAGGCGACAACUACAACAUGAUCUUUGAAAAUGUGGAUCAUGUCACCAACAUCUCCUACACUGGGACCUUCUACAACUUUGACGAUGGUGACUUUGUGUUGAUCAACCACAACUUUACGCAGAGGCCUGAUAAGUUUGCAACGAUUGGCGUCAUAAAGAACAGCACUGAGAGUGUACCGACGUAUGCCGCAGACGACAAUGGAGACUGGCACUUUGACAAUGACACCAGGAUACUUAGCUACAUUGUGUCGGGCAAGGGCGAGUCUGAACCUGUCAACCGUAACGUUGACCUGGACGUCUACCAGUGCUUCUACAAGGAUUGCCUGCGGCCGGUGCCUGAGAUCCCCGAACCACCCCCUGCAGGCCGACCGCUGGACGCCCGCUUGUGGUCUGACACCGCGUCCUGGGAUGACGUCGAGGCAGGCUGGAGCGGGGCCUUGAACGGAACAGUCAACAACGUCAUGAUCAUGCCUUCGAUCUGGAUGGUCGCGGACGUCCAGCUCCCUGUCAUGAACAAGCUCUUCAUCUAUGGUGGCCUGGAAAUCGAGGACAGUCAAGACAACAAGAUAGAGGCCACCUACAUCCUAAUCCAGGGAGGCCGCUUGGUCAUCGGAUUCAGCGAGUCUAAUCCCUUCCAGCAUGACAUGAAGAUCCUGCUGAACGGACACCACUUCACACCCGACCAGCCCCUGCCCAAUGGGCCCAACCUGGGCUCCAAAGCUCUGGGUGUAUUUGGUGGUCUGGACAUCCACGGCAAGAACCACAGCGUUUACUGGACCCAGCUAUUGAUCACCGUCAACCCAGGUGACAAUACCCUGACCGUCAGGGAUCAGACAGACUGGCAGGUAGGGGACGAGAUUGUGGUGGCCACUACCUCCUACGAAGCCUGGCAGACGGAGACCUUUGUGAUUGAAGCUGUCACCGAUCCCUCUACCUUCCAGAUCAACGGGAGCUUUGCCUACAAGCAUCUGGCUGACUACAAUUCAGACUACGUCAUUGCAGCCGAGGUGGGUCUCCUGACUCGUAACAUCAAGAUUGAAGGCAACGACUACGCUGAUCUCUUUGAAGAGUCCUACGGAGCUCGCGUCCUGGUUGGACGAUUCUUCCAGGAUGGCGUCCAGUACAAAGGAUAUGCCCGUAUCUCCAAUGUUGAGUUCUUCCACUCGGGCCAAGAAGGUUGGUCAGAUUUCUUCGACCCCCGCUACUCGCUGGCCUUCCUGGAUGUGGGCGAGAUCACCGAUGACGCGCCCUCCUCCGUCUGGGGCUGCAGCUUCCAUAACGGCUUCAGUCCGGCCAUUGGCGUGUUCGGGACCGACGGGCUGGUCAUCGAGGACAACGUGAUCCAUCACACCGUCGGAUCAGCCAUCAUUGUUCGGGACAACAACCAACAGCUCAUUCACAACCUGGUGACUCUGGUUGUCUUCCCUGGCACCUACCAGAACCGUUUUGAGAAAGAGAACCUGGAGUGGAAUGCAGGCAUUGAGGUGGACAGCGCCGGCAAGGUCCUGCUGGUCAACAACACUGUGGCCGGAUCAGAGAGGGUGGCCUUCAGUGUCAAGGGGGAGGCUUGCUUUGACCCGCCCAACCCCCUGACGGACUGGUACGGCAACGUGGGCCACUCCACCCUGCAUGGCGUUCACGUCUUCCUAUCCCCGAUCCUGCCCUGCACCAAGAUCGCCAACUUCCUGAUCUACAAGAGCUGGGACUUUGGAAUCUACCACCAGAGCGCAGCCAGACUUUUGAUAACGGACGUGACAUUGGUCGACAACAAGAUUGCCAUAAUGCCCCUCGUCUUCAGCCCUGCGGCCUUGUCCCACGUCACCUCCGACAAGUUUGUCAGGGUUCAGAACUCGGUGAUUGUUGGAGUCAGCGACUCAUUCGACUGCACUAAUGAUGAUGUAGAGCCCGAGAAUGCUAGACAGAGCCGUAAACAGCGAGGCCCUCGUGCUCCCGGAGGGGGCCAUGUAGGCAUGUGCUGGUCCGUCUUUGCCUCUGGAAGCAAUGGAGCUCCUUUCUUCCCCUUUCAUACCGUCAUGAGCUACCCCAUGAUCAACGGGGUCAGUCAGCUGCAAAAUGUUCAUUUCCGUGGGUUUGGUGAGCACUGUGGCCGAACGGACGCCAUGAUAAUGACCAACCCAAAGUCCGAAGAUGCUUCCCACCCAAUGGAAUUAUCUGGAAUCACCAUGACCGACGUCGCAGAGGCACAGAAAGUAUUUAUCAACCGUCCAAAUGUUGGGUCUGUGAACCCGUCGGACUGCGUGGACAUGGACUGCGACGGCAUGAAGAAGGCCAUGAUUCGUGACCUGGACGGCACCUUCCUGGGCACGCCGGGCACCCUCAUCCCUCAGUCCGAGUUUGAGUGGGACGGUGACCCACGGCGCGGCCUGGGUGACUACCGUAUCCCCAGAACGAUGCUGACCAGGACCGAUGGAUCUAGAAUCCCCGUGGAAGACAAGGCCCCAAAUAAGGGUAUCUAUCGUGGCACCAGUGAUGAGUGCGAGUGGAAGAGCUCGUGGCAGGCCUAUGAGUGCCACGGCAUCGAGCACAGGAUGCUGGUAGUGGAGAGCAUGGAUGGCGACACGGAAGUCCGCCGCCUGACGCCGCUGGCUAUGUACACCGACGGCUUUGUGGACUUGAUCAACGGGCCGCAGGAUAAUGGCUGGUGCCUUGGAUACACGUGUCAGGAGCGCAUCAGCACACUGUACACCAUUGUGGCCACAGGCAAGGACUACGAGGUGUACUUCACUAGCACCAACCCCCAGGUUCUUCGCUUCCAUCUGCUGAACUCGGACGAGAGUCAGGCCGUCGUGCUCGGCGUCUGGUACGCCAACCCGCAGCGACUGGACGUCUACUACAAGGACCAAUAUGUGACUCCCACCAACGCCGAUUACAGCACUGGUGAGUUCACCUGGAAGGCCAAGGACCCGUCCCUGCCUGCCGACCAGUACAACCCCUCGGUCAGCUCCAACGUUCACGGCGAGAACUACUUCGAGAGGGACACCCAGACGCUGUGGCUCCUGAUCAAGGGCUCCGAGCCGGUGGAGAUCCGCACCACGGCCGUCAUCAUGGUAACGUUCGGCGUGCCCGCGGUCGGGGUGAACGACUUCUACGAGGACGCCAAUCUGGUGAUCAACCUGGCGGCCUUACUGAACGUGGACAAGUCGCAGAUCCGCGUGGUGGAUGUGGUCAGCGAGUCGUCGCGUCGCCGGCGUCGCGCCGUGAGUGGAGAGGCGGAGGUGACUGUGGAGAUCGGCCCGCCGCCGGAGAUGACGGUAGAGUCGCCAGGGUCGGAUACAACCAAUCAGACUAGCUCUAAUGCGACCACGCCUGCCCCAGCAACAUCAGCACCCAGCAGCUCCUUGGACUUUGAACAGCUGGUGCAGAUCCAGGAGGUUCUCGUCGACACGCUGCAGUCCGGUGACCUCGGUGAUGCCCUGAACAUCACCGUUACCUCCAUGGUGAUGACUGACCCCGUGGCUGAGGUCGUUGACCCGACUGGUGGCGUGCGUGCCACCAACGAGACGGGCGGAAGCAGCAACGGAACCAAGACGUAUGACGAGUUACAAAGGGAAGAAGAGGAAGCAGAGAAUGCCAACUUGGAGGUAGAGAUCGAGUACCGCACCCCGACUGGCCUGGUGCUCCACUUCCAGCCUGACGGAGCCAGAGAGGGGGCUGUCCUGACCCAGCAGCCGGCAGUGUAUGCCGUGGAUGCCCUGGGUAACAGACUCCCGCGGCUCGGAGCUCCGUCAAGCCCCUGGCAGCUGACGGUAUCGAUCAACCCAUCGACCCCCAACGCCAACACCGUCCAGCUCACGGGCAACCUGACGGUGCCGUUUGACGGCAGCUUUGCCAACUUCACCGAUCUGACCAUCGCGGCCCAGACCACCGGUGUCAUCCUGGACUUCCGCAUCACCUCGCCCAACACCUCCAGCCUCGCUGUCACCGCCGAGCCGUUCGACGUGGCCGUCAGGCCGUAUUACCUUGCCGCCGUGACUGUACCUGACUCGACUAACAUGAACACCGCAUUUGACGUGAUCAUCGAAUUGAGGGAUGAAAUCACCAUGGCUCUUCCGCAGAACUUGUCUGCUAAGGGUCUCGAGUGGCACGCCUUGAUUGCCCUCAACAUGCCCACCAACUACAAGGGUCAACUGCUGGGUCAGCUGGAGACGACCUUCGACCUUGCGACCUCCCAGGCCCGCUUCACCAACCUGUCCAUCAACGCGGCCGGAGUCAGCUACAUACUAGCGGUCAGCGUGUUGACCCUUCCCUCCAGCUCCUAUGAGCUCGGACUGACCCUCGACCCCUUCGACGUAGUGGACCCGAGCACGGUCAACGUGACGGGACCGACGCAGCGGAUGGUGUUGCGCUUCCAGGUUGACUACGACGUGGUGGCCGCUGGUAAAGAGGACCUGCUGGAGAUCAACUUCCUGAACUACAUCAACGGCAAAUACAACGGCGUUGCCAUCAGCAACGUUUUGAUCGAGAGGGGGUCUGUCCUGAUCUCCUUUGACAUGCAAGGCGACGUGGACACGGCCGUGGAGGAGCUGUGGACCGACGUCCAGGGAGGGCACUUCAGCUUGGAGUUUGAUGGCCGCACCUUGGAGGCUGAGUCCUACCUGCUGGUGGACGGCGAUGAGUACGGCGUACCAACAACAUCGGAACCGCCUGCAGGCUUCCCCAUCUGGGCUAUUGCUGUGAUUGUUGUCAUUGUCUUGGUGAUACUUCUCCUCAUCGCUCUAGUUGUUGUCAAGCUUUGCUGCAAACGAGGCAAGAAGACAGGUAUGAUCGAGGAGGCACCACUGACCCAAGAGAACUUCAAGUUGAAGGAGUUUGCCAGCUCCGGCUCCCUCAACAAUCCCCUGCUGAAGGUGAACGAUGAACCGGAUGCAUUGUCGUUUGAUCGCAAGGGCACCGAUUCUCCCAACACACCCAGACGCACCCCGGAGGUACAGGUGACCGCCCUGCCGCCUGGCUUCAACGAGGCCACUGGACAGGAAGAACGAUUGCUGGAAGACCGGGUCAAGAUGAUGAUCAUGGUCAAGAACGCCGACGGCACCUUCCAGAAGCUCGGAGCGGUCCAGGCCAACAAGGUGGGCACAGCCCGGGCCCUGCGGGAGGACGUCAAGCGCGUCCUGCCAGGCAAGAUGAAGGACAAGAAGUUCAUCCUGCUGGACGAGACCCUGAAGGACAUCGACGGGGCCAAGGAGAAGAAGGCCAUGUUGUCUGAGAUCUACCGCUCUGACUGCGUGCUCAUGCGCUGGGUCAAAGAACAGGAUGUGGCCAAGCUGUGCGUGUGCGGUCUGGUGGGUCAGUUUGAGUGUUCCCUGUGUCGUCAGCAGACCUACUGCAGCCCACAGUGCCAGUCCACGGACUGGGUCCGUCAUAGCAUGCAGUGUUCAAGCUACGCCGUGGCAUCGGUCGACAACCCACGCCUGUAGAGACGAUCUCGCACAUCCCCGACAUGAUCUUGCAUUCCAUUUUGUUUUGUUUGUUUUGCUUUGUUUUAGAAUCCAUCCAGACCAACACCUUGAUUCAGAGUAUUAUUUUUGUCGUAGAUAGUUUAAAGAUCAAGUACUUUCAGAAAUGCACAAACAAGUUUAAAAAAUAUAUCUAAGACAAGAAGUAGUUUUCAAACUCCAUCCAGAUAUAGCUACACCUUGAUUUUAAUUACUAUUUGUGAUAAUUAUUUGUGAUAGAUUUAUACUAUACUGAAAAUGUUUAGAUAAUGAGUGUGAAAAUAAUUAUUAAAACAAUCUAAGGCUAACUUGAUUUGGUGAUGAGUUUUUUUUUUUACCCAGUUUCAUUUUGAGAUUGUUAAGUUAAUGUUGUAGAUUAUAGUACUUUAAGUUGUUUAAUUUUGUUUGAGUUGAAUUAAUAUAAGAACAGAUUUCAUAUACUUGUGAUAAUGUUUUGUAUAUCGUUACAGAAGCAAUACUGAGCCUGGCUUUCUGCAAAAGAUACACAAAUGCAAAGGAAAGUUAUUUUUUGUAAUUCAUAAAAAAGUACGUUCCUCAGAACUGGAAUAGAAGAGUAAGAAAAGUUCAAGUGAAAAAAAGUAGUCCACAAAAUUUCAUGUAGAGUUUAGGGUGAAAUCUAUUGUUUUCCAGUUAUUUGUUAAAAUGUUGCUGGAUAAAGCAUUGCUUUCUGUAUUUUGAAAGAAAAAAAUUACUGCUGAUUAUUUCCUUUUUUUUUACAGUGUAAAUUUUCUUCUAUGGGAUAUUUGUAUAAUGCUUCUGUGAGAUUUUCCUACUUUGCUACUGUAAAUUGAGGUUUUAAAGAAUCUUCUGUAAAUUUCGGUGUUUGUGCCUUUUUUAAUUUUAAAAGCGAAGGCAUGCAUAUUGUAUGUUGAUCACAAAAACUGGUUAAAAGAUAUUGUCUGUUUUUUUAGGCAAUACAAAUUGUUCCUGAUUUUGUUUUUGUUGGCGAGCUCGUGGUUGAAAUCUAACAUGGAGUGCC